GUGAUUUUAUAGCUAAAAAUUAAGUCUACAUCUGACUUUCUUACAUUCAUUAUGCUGUCCUUUCCUUCAAUAACCUCACUCUUUUUACUUCAUUCUUUAGCAUCUGCACACACUGAAAGGUUUGUCAUCGUUAAAAGUCUCGCCGAUCAGGCAGGUGCUCACUUGGACCUAGCUGGGAAACAAUCUUAUGCCAUCUACGAACUAUGCACUCGACAACAUCUUUUACCGAGACUCGUCCCGUAUAAUUACCAUAUGCGGCUGAUAAACGGCCACGUCAAAUGCGAGGAUGAAGACAAUUGCGACUUUAUUGGGUAUGCAUUUGAUAUAACGAUCUUAUGGGGACUUCCCCCUACAACCAUUCAGGCAUCGAAACAAAGACCUUGGAUUCCCAAUCAUUAUUAUGAUAAGGAAGUCAAAAGCUACGUAAAAUUACCUAUUCUGAACCGACACGAGUGGGCUGGUCCGACCAGGGAACUAAGCUGGCAGCAAAUUUAUGACAUCGGAGAGGAAUGGCGCACAGAGCACAGAGUUUAUUUUGGGGUGCUCAACAACUGCCAAAAUUUUGCCUACUAUUUAUACGACAAAAUUAAGAAAUAAUAAUGUUUUGUGCUGGGCGGGCGUGUCUUGGGGCAGGCGGGAUCGCGUUGUUUGCUGUUUUCUUGUCUUUUAACCAGCUCCUUGCUCUUAUAUAGACAGGUACCAAGAUUCUACUGCAGCAUAGUCUCGA